UGUCGCGCGCUGGAGGAAGACGGAGAAGAAGAAGAAGACCGGGUGGGCAGCGGCUGGUGUGUGAGGAGCCAUGAAGCACUACGAGGUGGAGAUUCUGGAUGCCAAGACCCGGGAGAAACUGUGUUUCUUGGAUAAGGUGGAGCCCAAUGCCACCAUUGCUGAGAUCAAGAACCUGUUUACCCGAUCACAUCCCCAGUGGUAUCCUGCUCGCCAGUCCCUCCGCUUGGACCCUAAGGGCAAGUCCCUGAAGGACGAGGAUGUCCUGCAGAAUCUGCCAGUGGGGACCACAGCUACCCUGUACUUCCGGGACCUGGGGGCACAGAUCAGCUGGGUGACGGUCUUCCUCACGGAGUACGCCGGCCCCCUCCUUAUCUACCUUCUCUUCUACUUCCGAGUGCCCUUCAUCUACGGCCACAAGUAUGACUUCACUUCCAGCAGGCACACCGUGGUGCACCUCGCGUGCAUCUGCCACUCAUUCCACUACAUCAAACGCCUGCUGGAGACCCUGUUCGUACACAGAUUCUCCCAUGGGACGAUGCCCUUACGUAACAUCUUCAAGAACUGCACUUAUUACUGGGGUUUUGCUGCCUGGAUGGCCUAUUACAUCAACCACCCCCUCUACACCCCACCGACGUAUGGCAGUGAGCAGGUGAAGCUAGCACUCAUCAUCUUCCUGCUUUGCCAGCUGGGCAACUUCUCCAUUCACAUCGCCCUGCGGAAUCUGCGCCCGGCUGGCUCCAAAGCCAGGAAGAUCCCGUAUCCAACCAAGAACCCUUUCACAUGGCUAUUCCUGCUGGUAUCAUGUCCGAAUUAUACCUAUGAGGUGGGCUCCUGGAUCGGGUUUGCCAUCAUGACCCAGUGCCUCCCAGUGGCCCUCUUCUCUCUCGUCGGCUUCAUCCAGAUGACCAUCUGGGCCAAGGGGAAGCACCGUAGCUACUUGAAGGAGUUCCGUGACUACCCCCCUCUGCGCUCCCCCAUUAUACCCUUCCUGCUGUGAGUGGCCCUGCUCAGGGCAGGGAGGGGGACUGGAGGCAAAACAGCUUCUGCCCCAACCACAUUUUUACUUUUUUGCGGGGCAGGGAUUUUGUUUUCUAACAUUGUGAGCGGCUGCCAGAACCGGCCGGAGCAGGGAUAGCCAGGUCCCCACCCUGCUGGACACAACACAUGGCCUUCAGGGGCUCAGGCCCCUCCUUUACUUCUUUCCCAGAAAGCUGUGCCACUCUAAGGGCUCUCCUAUUCUCCUGUCCCAAAGGCAAUUUCCCUUCCUUCUGCUGAGACUUCCCUCUUGAGUCACGGGCAGCCAGGGCUGUACCUGCUCCCUUGGCUCCUGCCACCGUUAAAGCGCGGGGACGGGCAGCGGAGCACUCGGAGUUAACUUUGGAUGGGAGAGGUGGGGGUUGAUGCUGAGCCUAAGCCGCGGUCUUGCCUCUUUCCCGUCUUAACCCAGACCCUCGUCCAAACCGUGUUAGGUGCAGCCAUCUCCUCAGAAACGAGGGCCUUGUGGCCCAAGUCCUGGCUGAGAGAGUAGGGCGGAUGCUGGCCCAGGGAAGGGUUAGGGUUCUGGGCUGCUUUUCUGGACAUAGGAAUAAACACAAACCUGGCACCAGA